AUGGAGAUUGAUUCAACAAACCAUGAAAAAGCUGGUAUCUUCACCAGCUGGUGGAGCCAGCUCAAGGGAUUUCCCAGGAAGUUAAAGGACAAAGCUAGGAACAUUGCUAAAAACACAAAGAAGAUUGGGAAAGAUGAUCCUAGAAAAAUUUGGCAUGCAGCUAAGGUGGGACUAGCUCUUACUUUAGUCUCAUUUUUCUACUAUAACGGGCCGCUUUAUCAUAGCUUUGAACAACCAGUAAUGUGGGCUGUCCUGACUGUGGUGGUUGUUUUUGAAUUCACUACUGGUGCAACCAUAUCAAAGAGCAUAAACAGAGGUACUGCUACGGCACUGGCUGGUGUAUUUGGUGUUGGAGCUAAAUAUUUAGCUGGCCUCUUGGGAAAUGAAGGGCCGGAUCCUAUAGUUCUUGGGGUUUUGGUCUUCAUUGUAGGCUCUGUAGGUACAUAUACAAGGUUUUACCCCCAAAUUAAGAGGAGGUAUGACUAUGGAACCAUGAUCUUUGUGUUGACCUUUAGCUUGGUCGCAGUCUCAAGUUACCGCUCCGAGGAUAUUUUGACCGUUGCUUGUGAGCGGUUAGCGACCAUUCUGAUUGGCGUCGCCACCGUCAUGACCAUUUCCAUGGUUAUUCGUCCAGUUUGGGCCGGGGAUGAUCUUCAUAAGCUUGUUUGUACCAAUCUUGAAAAGCUAGCAAGUUUUUUAGAUGGUUUUGGAAGUGAGUAUUUUCACAUUUAUGAGAUUGAAGGGAAUGGUGGAGGUACCAAGAGCAAUGAAAAGGGCUUUCUUGAAGCCUUCAUUAGUGUUAUUGGUUCUAAGGCCACUGAAGAAUCUUUAGCAAAUUUUGCAUGGUGGGAGCCCCCUCACGGAUCUUUCAGGAUUAGUCAUCCAUGGAAACAAUACUUGAAGAUUGGUAGUCUUGCCAGAGAAUGUGCUUGCCAUCUUGUAGGUCUUACUGGCCGCUUAAAUUCUAAAUCUCAGGUACCAACGGAAUUCGACAGGAGAACAGAAGAAGUAUGCAAAAGAAUGAUCACGGAAUCUAGCAAAGUCUUAAAGGAACUUGCGUUGUCCAUUAAAACCAUGACGCAACCUUCUUCUUCCUUCAUGGAGGAAACCCACAUGCGUAACGCAAAAAGUUCCAUUGAUGACCUUAAAAAGACACUCGGUACAUCCAAAACUUUCUUCCAAAAUGACGAAUCAAACGUCAUGGACUUGGUCCCAGCUGCAUCUGUUCUGUCCACACUCAUUGACGUCACCAAAUGUGUCCACGAAAUCUCCAAAGCUGUUGAGGAGCUUUCAGUCAAAGCAGAUUUCAAGAAGAAGAAAGAUUCGCCUUCUUCUUCUUCUUCUUCACCGCCCCCGCCUUGGUCCCAGUUGCUGCACCGUGGAAUUGUGAAUCCUGUCAUGGAGGAUGACGUCGAGAGUGGUGAUUUCAUUGUGAUUGAGAUAGGUGAAAACAUUGAAUCAGCAGAGAAAGUGGAAAUAGAGGAGGCGAAUCCAGCCAAUAAUUCGCUAGCUGCAAAGAAAGAAGAAUCUGUUGUUUGUGAGAUACAUGUGGUGGAGGAGGUGAAAACGGAAGAGAAGAAAAGAGAAUCUGUUAUUAUUGGGGUACGUGAAAGCAGUGCAGCAACAACAGUGGAGGAGUUGAAAAUGGCACAAAAAAUUAUGAACUUCGCCGAUAUUACAAAGCUUUAUGACAGCACACAAUUUUUCGAACCAGUUGAAAUUGGGGUACGUGGAAGCACGGCAUUGGUGAUUACGACAGUGAUGGAGGAUGGCAUAGGAGGAGGUGAAUCCAUCCCAUGGAGAAAAGGAUCGUCGGAAAUAGACAAUUGUAAAUAG